AUAGCUUGGACACCUUGUCUAGCACACACCGUCAAUUUGAUGUUGAAGGAUAUAGCUCGAAGGCCUGAACAUGGUGUUAUCAUCAAGCAGUGUAAGCGAAUUUCAAAUUGGUUACACAAUCAUGGUCAGUUGAAUACAAUGAUGAGGAACGCAAUUGGUGGUGAGUUGGUCAAGUGGAAUGCCACUCGAUUUGGAACCAACUACAUGUUCCUAGAGAGCAUCUAUCGGAAACGUGAUCGUUUCAUGCAGUGGAUGGCAUCUACUGAGUUCCAACACAGCAAAUGUGCGAAUACCGAAGAAGGUAGAUAUACUCAUGCAAGUUUUUCAAGUAUGGAGUGGUGGGAUGCAAUGAAAUAUAUCAUCGACACGGUUCAACCAAUAUACAAGUUCCUUCGCUUCGCUGAUCAGGACAAGAAGCCGAACAUGUGCGAAGUCGUGAUGGCAUACCAGACUAUGAAACAGGAGUUGCAGUCUUUCUUUGGAACAAAUGUUUCCACACUGAAAGAGUAUAUUGAGGUGGUAGACGAGAGGUUGGGUGACGUGUUCAUAGGCACGUAUGUGGGUCCAGCUGCUGUCCUAAAUCCGAGGUAUGCAUAUACGAUGGAUCCAACUCAACAAAUGUUUUGUGGACUCAAAGAUACAUUUCAGCGCAUGACGGAUCUCCAGAGCGCCGUCCAGGCAUUGCAGGAGUUUGACGUGUUUCGGCAGAAAGUUGGCGAGUAUAGCAGUGAAAUGGCAAUGCGGAUGGCGAUGGACCCAAAGACAUCCCCAUCGUCCUGGUGGAUGAUGUUCGGAUCAAGUACUCCAAAACUGCAGUACCUUGCUAUGAGGCUUGUUUCACAAUGUUGUUCGUCCAGUGGAUGCGAGCGGAACUGGAGUACUUUUGCCUUGCUGCAUACAAAGGUUCGCAAUCGGUUGUCUCACAAGAAACUUAAUAAGCUUGUCUAUGUCAAGUACAACCUUCGUCUCUGACUUGAGGAGGUCUCCGGCCCACUGAUGCGUGAAGAAGGUGAUUUCAUUGACCAGCUAGCCCAUCUUUCUUUCUAUGAUGAGAAAAAUCCGGUGCGGGAAUGGAUGGAAUAUGGUAGAUCUAACCGGGCUCCAGUUCUGGACGAGGAUGAUGAUGACGGCGACAUCCCUCUCCCGUCCCAUAUUGUCAGAGAUCAAAUAAACGUGUCAGAUCUACGUGAGGCUACGGGGAAUGAUUCCAUCAGCAAUUGGGCACGUCAAAAUAUAGGUGACACUCACCUAGGAAAGAGAAAGUUGCAGAAGGGGCCUAAGAAGGGUGACCCGAA